GAUGACGCCAGCGUCACUCUUGCGGUCUCUUAACUCUUUUCUUCCUACAUGCCUACAUCUGAUAUUUACAGUUGGAAAAUAUAACGGGCUACCAAAUACAAACGUCGCCGCGUUGGGUUGGAUGUUGGAUCUCGCCACUGUCAUAAAUUGUCACGAACGAUUUAGCGGUUGAUUAUUACGACACAUGGAGACGAGUAAUAUAGACGUGAUUCUAAGCCAGCUGGGAUGGCAGGACGGCUUCCGAAUUCCCGUAGCUAACGAGGAGAAUAAACGUCUGGAAGAAGAAGUUGCUAGAAAGACAAAGCAUAAAAUUUCAUUAAAUGCAAGGUUGGAGAACCUCGAAGAACGGUUAAAGAUGAUCAGAAAGCACACUAGUGAUCUGACUAUGCGGCAUGACUUCAAUCAAAAGUUAAUCACUGAACAUUCGGUCCAGCUGGAGACAGAGGAUCAUCUGUAUCGAUUAAGCGGCAACACCGAAUCAUCUUUGCGCCAAGAAGCGCGCGAAUUUGAGAAAGAAUGGGCGGACGUGAAUUACAGAGUAUCAAGCGUAGAAAAAGAGCUGAUUAAAAUGACGAGAAAACUGGUCGAAGCAAAACAAAUAGUCCAAUUCGACGAGGAUAGCUUACGCAAAUGGGAGGAGAUGCUUGCACGGAAGGAGGAGGAUAAUCAACUGAUAGAAGAUUACAUGAAGCAGGAUACACAAAAAUAUAAGGAAUUGGAGCAGAAACGGCAGAAACUCAGCAUGGAACUUGAGAUUUAUCGUCAAGCUAUAGUCAAAACCGUCGACGAAGUACAAGAGAUGGAGAUCGUUUUAGACCGUACAACAAAACUGUAUAUGGAAGCGUUAAAAGAACGCAAACAAAUGAUAAAUCAGUGGACGCAAAGCGUUAACGUUCUACGCCAGAGGGACAACGAUAUACAAAAUAGUCUAAAAGAAAUUGAAACGUUGCGAGAGAUCAGCAGGGAAAAAAAGAGCAAUCUUGAAGAAGUACAGCAAUUUUUAAAGGAUCAAGUUGUAAACAAUAAGGAGCUAGAGGAGUUGAUUAAACAAUCGGAAAAGGAACUUGGCUCAGUCCAAGAAAAGCGCCGUAAAAUUACAGAGACGAUUGACAUCUACGAUGUCGAGCUUCGUACUCAGAAGAAAUUAGUAGGGGAAUUGGCACGUCGUACAAAGCAAAUUAGAGUCAAUACGAAACGCAAAAGAAUCGAGAUCGAGAACAAGCAUAUAAAGGUGGACGAUUGCAAAAAGCGAAUUAACGAUUUAAUGACGACUUUGGAAGAGAUUGAAAAUCAAAAGUUAAACGUCGAGGAAAGAACGAAACGUUUGGAAAAAAUGAUCGAGGACGAUGAGAAACGAAGAUCCGCUAUCGUCAAGGAAUUGAAUCGUUUGCAAGCCGCGAUUUUACGUACAACGAAGAAGAUUGUAGAAUUGGAGAGUGAAAGAAAGAUUCUGCAGAUGGAAAUGCAGGGCGAACACAAGAAGGUUGAUCUGUUCAAUACCUUGUUCUUAAAGGAGAGCAAACUUCUAGAGGAGAAGAAGGAAGCUCUUUAUCAAGUGGACUUCAGUCUGCAAAAGUGCGAGAUGAAGCUUGAACGUAUCAGAGGACACGAACACGACAAGAGUGAAGUCGAGAGGAAACAAACGAGAAUCGAAGAGUUGCAGACUACAUUGAAAGAAAAAACUGCCACAUCUAAGUUACUGCAAACUCAAAUCGUCAAUUUAGAGCAUGAUAUGAGAAAAGUAUCCAACUGCUUGUCGAACGAAAAUGAAGAACUUGAACGAUUACGAAGCAAAAAGCAGGACCUGUUGUUGCUAUUAGAUGGAGGCGAAAAGCGAUUGAAGAUUGCGCAAUCCCGAAAUGAAGAAAGACAAGUGGAAGAAAAUAUAAUGCGCCUUCGGGUGUCGCAGCUCGAGCGAAUGACGUCGAACGUGAGCGAUAAAGUCUAUGAUUUGGAGAAGUACCGUCUUCAUCUCGAAGCUGCGCUUAAGGAACGCGCGGCAGAGAUUGCGGCGCAGAAAGAGGCACUCACCGUGCAGAAGAGGAUCGCCGGUAACGAGUGCUCGGAGCUGCGCGCCGCUAUUUCCGAGAGGAAGAGCAGGAUACGGCAAUUGCAAGCGCGAUACGACAGCGGCAUCGCGACGAUGGGCGCCACCCCAGACGGGGUGACGAUGAGCACCGCGUACUUGAAGAUACAAAGCGCUCAAGAACGAUACAUGCUGCGAGAGCAAGGCGACAAGCUGGACGAAGCUAUCAGGCGAACCGAGCAGGAAAUACGUAGCAUGGAGAACACGUUGCGGGUGGUGAACGUAUGCAAUGACAAGUACAAGGACAGUAUAAGCGCGGUUGAUCAAGACGCACCCGAAUGGACGCAGCAGAAAAGACUUGACGAGCAGAUGCAUAACGCGCGACAGAACCUAUUGCAAAAGCAAACGCAGCUGCAACGUUUGUUCGAUGAACUGCAGAAAGCGCAGAAUAAUUAUAUUCAAUUGCUCAACGAUAUCGAGAAGGCAAAGGAAGAAAAGGAAAAUAAAGAACGUUACUUAUCGAGUAUUGAGAAACAGACUACGGAACAAGGAGAGAAGAUCUCCAGAGCAGAUAAGAGCCUGCGUAAAGCACAGAAGGACAUACAAAAUUUAUAUAUCUCUAAGAGGGAUGACACUGUGCUUCUGCAACAAAGGGAAGUGGAGCUGCGAGAGCUUCAAGAGCAAAACGCAUUGGUUCUUCAGGACAUCGCGGAGUUCACGAUUCGCCACGUGGAGGCCGAGGCGUAUGUUAAAAAAUUGCUGAUGGCCAAAGACAUCGAAUUACCAACCUUUCCUCCAUCAAUUAAAUCGCCUAUUAGUCCUUGCGGUAGUUCCACAGGCUCGAUAGAUCAGCCUUUGAAAAGCACGAGUCGUAUGAGCGCUUUUACGUCGUCGAGAGAGAGUAUUGGCAGCGUAGUUAAAAUAGAGCUGCAAUUUGAGGAGCCAGCAGGCAACGCAUCGAAAAAAACUAUGAAGCGUGAUCCUGCAUCCAAAGGAUCUCUCGCUUUGCCGAAGCGAUCUACUAUCUUAUACGAAAAGCAACAAUCGCAGAAAAAAUCGUGAUAAUAGUUUUGACAAUGUAAUAAUUAA